CUGUUGUUAGCUGACGAUGUACCAGACAGGAAGCUGACAUCAGACGAGGAGGAAGCCAAGCGGAUCGCGGAGAUGGGGAAACCGGUGCUGGGGGAGCACUCCAAGCUGGAAGUUAUUAUUGAGGAAUCAUACGAGUUUAAGAGCACAGUGGACAAGCUGAUCAAGAAGACCAACCUGGCUCUGGUGGUGGGAACAAACUCCUGGAGAGACCAGUUCAUGGAGGCCAUUACAGUCAGCGCAGAUGAGGACGAGGAGGACACGGGGGAAGAGCGUCUGCCGUCCUGUUUCGACUACGUCAUGCACUUCCUCACCGUCUUCUGGAAGGUCCUGUUCGCCUGCGUUCCUCCCACCGACUACCUGAACGGCUGGGCCUGUUUCGUGGUCUCCAUCAUCAUCAUCGGCCUGCUCACGGCCGUCAUCGGCGACCUGGCGUCCCACUUCGGCUGCACCAUCGGCCUCAAGGACUCGGUCACUGCCGUGGUGUUCGUGGCACUCGGCACGUCCGUCCCAGACACCUUUGCCAGUAAGGUAGCAGCGGUCCAGGACACCUACGCAGACGCCUCCAUCGGGAAUGUGACCGGCAGCAACGCCGUCAACGUCUUCCUGGGAAUCGGCAUGGCCUGGUCGGUGGCGGCCAUCUACUGGCACAUGAAAGGGAAGCCGUUCGUGGUGGAAGCCGGCUCCCUGGCCUUCUCCGUCACCCUCUUCACCAUCUUCGCCUUCCUGGCCGUGUCGGUGCUGCUCUACCGGCGCCGGGCCCACAUCGGGGGAGAACUGGGCGGGCCCCGGGGACACAGACUGGCCACGUCAGCCUUCUUUUUCAGCCUCUGGUUCCUUUACAUCCUCUUCUCCAGUCUGGAGGCCUACUGUCAUAUAGAGGGCUUCUAAACAGCAAAGACUCGAGUGUGACGGAAUCAAAAGCGUACAGGGGUUUAAAGUACAACUUGAGUGAAUUCUCACUACGGAAUUUGGGUCAGUCUUGUAUGGUAUGAAAGGACAGGAGAGGUAAACCCGGGGUUUCCCUCGACGCCUCCCUCCCUCUCCCUCGCUCUCUCCCUCAACCCCUCCUGUAAGGAUGCUUGGAGGUGUGAAUCCUGCCCUCUAGUGCCGAACAGGCCUGGCUGAUACGAAAGCGGCCCGAGCUAGUGUGCUUACAGUUGGGAUUGGGUUACCACCGAAGUCCAGAAGACGCCGAUGCCAAGAGGUGGUCCCGCAUUCCACUGGAAGAGGCUGCAGUCUUAUAAAACGGAGAGAGUUGAGUCAAUCAGAGGUCUAUAUUUUUCUCAACAUCUGACGAGAACGACUUUUUUAGAAAAAAAAAGUAUUUUGGGGAUAAAAACGCAAAAAAUAAACCAAACAAAAAAAAAAAAAUACAAAUCAACACUCACACACAUGCAGACACACAAAGAGGAAUCAAAGAACUAUUUUCUGAUCUAUGUUAAGGAAUAGCAUAAAAGAUUAUAUCGAAAUAUGUUGUUGAGUGACGGCGGGAUGGAUUCAUAGUAUUUAUUUUUAUUUGCAUAGUUUCCUAAGGAGCACUGCAGAGUUCUCAGAAAUCACACGAAGAAGAAGAAGACGACGACGACGACGAGGAGCGACAGUGACAGUUCACACUGGCAGACGAAUCACCAUUCAAACAGGAGACGAGGUGAACACAGUGAACAUAGUCAAACUGCCCUGAACAUUACUUCCGUACUCUAAACGUAUCUAUAUAUAAUAUAUUUCCAUAUUUUCUGUAUAUUUUGAAUAUUUGUUUAAAUGUGGUCACCUUCUGCUCUAACAGAGGAUUGCUGUGGCUAAGCGGGAGGGGAGGGAGGGGUUAUAACUAUAUACUGGAACGAUGUCUUCACAUUUCUAAGAGUUAUGUAUCUUGCCUAGGUAAAAGUAUGACAUUGUAUUUUAUUUAUUUACUGAUAUCUUGGUCUCACUCGAGUUUUCACCUUUUCAAUCAGAAAUCCGAACAAGAAAAAGUUAAAAAAAAAACAAAAAAAACAACAACAACAACAACAAAAAAGACAAAUCGUGUUGCUGCAGAGAUAAAUUCAGAGGUAUUUUUGUACUGUUCCUUCCAUGCACUUUGCUGUAUAGUUCUACUUAUGGAGACUUCUACUUGUACAUGUGCAAAAGGCCAAUAUGAACGGUGUCACUAUGGACUGAACAGAGUGCCUGUGGAGGGAGAGGCGUUCGCUGCCCACACGGACUGACCAGCUCUUUGCUCUGCUACUCAAAAAACUCAAGAGUUUCUUCUUUAAAAGCUGCGUUAAUUUUUUUUUUUUGCCUUUUUUUUUCUAAAAUACAGUCGAAUUUAAGGCCUGAUGCCAACCUGUAUUUCUAAUCUUCUACAGCAGCUGAUAUUUGAGCUGUUGUUAGCAUGCAAAAAGGUGCGUCAGCCUGCAAAAUCUCAGUUGGUUUUUUUCUUUUUAUAAUAUAAAUACAAACACUUUAUUCAAAAAACCUUUUAGUUGUAAUCUCCACUUUCUACAUUGCAUCAUCCAGCCAUUUUCCUUCUGCUAUGAUUUCAAACAUGUGUGAGCUGGUCAGGCAGGGAACUAACAGCAAGCUCAUAGUUUGCAAAUUGUCUUUGAUACGGCUGCUAAAAUCCAAACUUUUAAAUAUCUGACAUAGUUUUAUUUAGCUUUUAAGUUCCUCUAUGGUCAUUGAUUUAACACCUAAAAACUCAAUUCUGUGUAUUAAAGUUUCUAAAUUGCCAAAAUACUCCACCUGUCAUGCUACACAUUGCAUACAUUUGUUUCGUAAUCACUAAAAAUAUGAGUUUGUGCAGCUUUAAGUGUUCUCUUUUUCUUAUGCAUGACAUUACAGACCUUGAUUUGCUAUCUAUGUGUCAUUUAAAUGCUACACCUCACAUUGAACAUUACUUAUAGGGCUUAUGAAUAGUCUCCCCCCCCCUCUUGGAAGUUUGGUCAAUUUAAUUUGGCUUUUUUCACAAGAAUUUACCUCAAAAAAGACUCUUUCACGUC